AUGUCAGAAGGAGAGACUGGUGUCGCCAAUAUUGUGACGAGCGGUGAUAACCAUAAUGAUGUGUCUUUGGGGAAGCUGUCUGCGUUUUAUGGUGUUCCGGAAGAUCAAUUAGUCCUAAUCGACGGGGGAAUCCUGACGAUUUUGGAGAAUAAAGUAUUGGACUUCAACGAAUUGAAAUCUCAAAAUUUAAGAUUGAAUGUUACGAUUGAUGAGAUUAAGACUGUUUCUAGCAAAAGAGAAGAAGGGUUGAAGAAUGAAAUUGAAAACUUGAUGAAAGAUAACGAUUCUAUACGAUUGGAAAGAUCACAGGCCCAGGAGGAAUCCACUCAGUCAAGUAGGGAUAAGCAAAAGAUUCAAAAUGAAGUAGAAUCCUUGCAGGAAAAAUUAUCAGAUCUGGACCAAGAGAGAGAGACUCUUAAACAGGAUAAACGUGAGGUGGUUGCAGUGUUGGAGGAAAAGAUAAAAGAACUGGAAUCUUUCCGUACUGAAUCUCGAAAGAGUUUAGAUGACAGUAAAAGACUACGUCAACAGGUUUUGGAAUUAGAGACCACUGUACAAAAUUUGAAAUCCAAAGAAUUAAGAGAUCAAUCUGAAAUUCAAACCAUUACUCAACGGUUGACCAUUUUACAAAAGAAUAGUCAGUGGUUGGAGGAAGAAGUGACUUCUAAGACGGAGCAAUUAAUCUCCACUAGACGGAAAAAUGAUGAUGAAUUGGAUCGUCUCACAUCAGAAUCACUGUCGUGUAAAAAUGAAUUACAACUAGAAAAAUCCAGAAACCAAGUCAUCACUACAAAGAAUGAAGAAUUGACUAAAUCUUUACAAGAGAAGUUAAUGGAGAUGAAAGAUUUGUCAGAUUCUCUGUAUCGUGAAAAGCAAGAGUUUGCGCAUGAAAUGUCAAUGAAGCAAAAAUUGAUAGAUUUACUAGAAAACCAAGUAAAAUCCUUACAAGGGGAAUUGAACGCCUCCUUGGAUAAAGAUAAUGUCGAAUUGCUUGCAAGUGGCGAAAGGAAUACGGAAAAUGAAAAGUUAAUUCAAGAAUUAAUCACUUUGAAGGAAAACUUUGAAGAAUCAGAACGAGAGCGGUUAAGAUUGGAAGCUCUUGUACAGGAAUUAAUACCGGGAGACGACUCUCAAGACGACAUCAACAAUACUUCAAGUUUCAUUUCUUUAAGGAACAAGGAUUCUUCCCUACGUGAUAUGGGCAUUUUAAAGAAAGAAUUGAUAAAGGAAAGACAUCAAAAGGAACGAUUACAACGUCAAGUGGAAUCGUUUAUCGUAGAACUCGAAUAUAAGAUUCCUGUUAUAAAUUCUUUCAAAGAACGUACUUCAAUGCUUGAGAAAGAGCUUAACGAUGUGGCCUUAUUGCUGGACCAUACCUCUAAUGAAAAGGAAAAAAGAGAAAGAGAAUUUGAGGCGCUUUCAAAAAAGGUCAAAGACUCCGAAUCUUCUAUACACACUUUAACGAGACAACGUACAGAUCUGGCUCAUCAGGUACAAUUUCUUCUCAUGAACAUAAGCGUACAGGUCGAUUCCGGGGGACUUCUAAGCGCUGAGGAGGUUUCAUUUAUUAAAAGGAUUGUCAAUAACGAUGAUCCAAACAGUGAGAGUGACUCUCAAAGAGUCAUAUCGGAAAGAUUGGUAGAGUUUAACAACAUCGCCACUCUACAGGAGAAAAACAUGGAACUUCUCAAAACGGUUAGAAAAUUGGCUGAAAAGUUGGAAUCUGAAGAGAAGGAUGUAAAUAAAAAGAUACAAACUUUUGAAAAUGAUACGAUUAAAGAAGCCAAAGAAGCAAUCGUGAGCUUACAAGAUUACAACGCAAACUUGGAAUCAAAAGUCGAGAUUUUAACCAAAGAAUGUGAUGCUUUCAAAGCUAUAUGCUCACGAAAUGGAUCUGACCAAAAUGGUUCAUUAUCUGCGAACGGUACCCAAGGCAAUCGAAAUGGUUCAUCGGAUGAGGAAAAGCUCAGAACUCUUGAAGCUCGCCUGACGAGCCUCACGGUAGAAUCCUCCCAGAACAACAAGAUGUUGAAUAAUGAAAUUCAUGAGUUGUACAGAUCCAAGACUCAGAUAUCUAUAGAAUUGGAAAAGGAAAGAUCUUCUAAGACAUUGACAGAAGAAAGGUUGAAAUUAAUUCAACAUACAUUGGAGUUAACCAGGAAUGAGAAUCAACAAUUGGUUAAAAGAUCACAAAAUCUACAAAGCAUUUUCGACAGACAAGAUUCGAGAACAGCUGAAACUGUCAAUGAAUUGAUCGCUUGUAACUCUAAAUUAGCAGUCCUGGAGACUAAAGUAGCGAAUUUGGAAACAGAAAAGGAACUCUUACAAUCGAGCGAAAGGACUUCCAGAGAGAAUUACUUAAAAUUGUCUGAAGAGAGAAACUCUUUGAGGAUCAUGGUAAGUCAAUUACAAACUUUACAAUCUGAACGUGAGAAGUUCCUGAAAGAAAUUCAGACUACUUACAAAGAGAACCUCGAUAGUCUUGAGCAAGAGAAAGCUGAUGCAAGGGCCAGAUUAGACGCUAAGACGAAAGAGGCGGAAGAUAUGGAAAACAGCAAGAGAACUCAAAUCCAAUGGUAUCAAGAUAAAUUAGAUUCUGUGGUAGCUGAGUCUCAGCACCUGAAGCAAGAACUUCAAACUAAGACUUUCUUGGUCACUGAUCUUGAGUCUGAGGUUAGAAAACUCGAAAAACAAGUAGAAGAAAGUGAAGCUCGUAUUCAAUCUUACCAGGUAUUGAGUGGUUCUGAAGUAGAGACAAGUCCUGAAUCUUCUCUACGUAAAGAGUUGGAGAAAACUAAGAUCAAUCUGUCAGAUACCUAUGCGGAAAUUGAUCAAUACAAAAACUUGUUAUCUACUACCGAGGAAUCCCUCAGCCAAUUGACGCAAGAUUAUGCUAGUGGUAAACAGGAACUGCAGUUACAAGUUGAGACUCUACAAAAUGAAAAAUCUCAAUUACAAGAUGUUGUUGCCAAGUUGAAUGAGAGUGUAACCAAAUUAGAAGAAUCCCUACAAGAUGCAAACAAAGCUGCUGAGAAUGAGAAAAACACAUUGCAGAAAAAGAUUGCUACUUUGGAGACCGAAAGUAAGGGUUCACACCAAUUGAAGGAAGAGUACGAUGCACAAAUUUUGAAGUUGCAACGAGACUUGGAACAGCAAGCAUCUUUUGCUAAUAGAGCUCAAAGGAACUAUGAAGAAGAACUUCAAAAGGAUUCUAAUGUAUCUAAAACAAUUAGUGAGUUAAGAGAACAGAGUCAGAAGGAUAGAAUUGCCAUAACAAGGCUAAAGAAUUCUGAAGAACAAGUAAGGCAAGUUUUGGAGCAAAAUGAAAAAAGCUGGUCGGCUCAGAAGGAGGAAUAUGAAAGACAGCUAGAAACCUCAAGACAACAUUUAGAGGAUUUAUCAACACAAAAUAGUCUGCUCUACGAUCAAAUCGAACUAUUUUCAAAGGACAAUAGCGAUGGAGUAAACGGAGAAACUGCAGAAGUCAGAGAAAUUUUGACAAACCUUCGCCGUGAACGCGAUAUCCUCGGUACCAAGCUAACUGUGAGCCAAAGAGAAGAGCAAACUCUAAGGGGAUCUUUGGCCUCAGUGGAAAACGAGCUAGAUACUACUAAAAGACAGUUGUCACAGUUCCAGAAAGAAAUCACCACCCAUUCCGAACUGAUAGGGCAACAUGAGAAGAUUAUUGAGCAAUUGAACCAGUUGAACCUUCUUCGUGAAAGUAAUAUCACUCUGAGAAACGCUGCUGAAGAGGAGAACAAGAAGAACAGAGAAUUACAGGAGGAGCUUAAUCAACUACGUGAAAGAAUCCUUCCUCUGGAAUCCGAACUUAAUACUUUGCACACGUCUGUCCUUGAGAAAGAUCAACAACUGAAUUUGUAUAAGGAGGAAGCAAACCGCUGGAAGGAACGUUCUCAAGAAAUUUUACAUAAGCAUGAUCGUAUUGACCCUGAGGAUCAUAAGGAGCUCAAAGAAAAGGUUUCUAUUUUGGAAACUAAACUGGAUGAAACCAACAAGGAGAAUAAAGAGCUUGAUGAUCGCUUUAACAGGCUAAAAAAACAAGCGCAUGAGAAAUUGAAUAGCUCCAAGAUUGCUCAGACUACUUUAAGCAACCAGCUUAACGAGUUAAGAGAAGCGAAAUCCGAACUUGAAGGUAAAUUUGAAGCAGAAGAAAGAAAGGUUCAUGAGCUACAAGAAAGGUUGAAUGCUCAUGGAAAUGAUACUGAAACAGUUGAAUCUGUACAAAAAGAAUUGUCUGAUGCUCUUGAACAUUCGAGAGAACUCGAGCAAAACCUCAGUGCAACACUUCAACAAAAUGAAGAAAUUACAAAGAAGCUCAACGACGAAAUUGACUCUUUGAAGUUGGAGUUACAUAGCUUGAAGGAACAAAGCGCAGCUACCGCAAAGGGAGAAAUAUCAGAGGACCUCUCUAACGUAGUCGAAUCCAUGAGACGUUCCUUUGAAGAAGAGAAAAUUAACUUCUUGAAAGAGAAGACAGAAGAAUUAAAGAAAUUAGAAGAGGAAAAGCAUACUCUACAGGUCAAUGGGAAUGAACCACAGCAGCAGCCUGUUAACUACGAAGAAAUUAAGAGACAAUGGGAAAGCGAGCAGGAAGAGUCAAUUCUCAAGAGAAUCGCUGAAGCUGAAGAAAAUCUCAAGAAACGUAUAAGGUUGCCUACUGAAGAAAGGAUAAAGCAAGUCGUCGAAAAGAAAAAAGCUGCUUUAGAAGAGCUAUACAAAAAAAAGUUAGAGGAAAGCAAAUCCUCAUUAGAAUCCUCUGAUGGCAAUAAUAGUGACUUGAAAAAACAACUAGAGAAGGACUUACAAGAAAAGUUUGAAGCUGAAGUGCAGGCUGUGAAAAAGAAAGCAUUUGAAGAAGGGAAACAACAAGCAGCAAUGAAGAGUACUUUAUUAGAGAGAAAAAUUUCUAAACUAGAAUCUCAAUUACAUGGCAAAGUCGAUUCUCCGGAUAAAAGCUCGUCUGAGACUUCAUCUGUACCUAAACCAAAUUUGCCUUCAAAGAUAGAUGAAAAAUCGGUCACCACUAACCAAAGCGUUCCAAACCCCCUUGUUUCUGGUGAGAAAGUCUUGAAGCUUGAUCCUUCAAAACCUACAUUCAAUUUUUCUUCUUUCUCAGGUGGGAACCCUUUCACAUCUUCACCUCAAAACAACGAUACUAUGGGAACUUCCGCUUUUGGAUUUAAACCAACUUUCACACUUUCAAAUAACUCCAAUAAGAGUAGUGGCACCAAGAUUGAUUCCUCUUCAACGGAAAAUAAACCUGCAAAUCCAUUCAGUUCAUUUACAGAGACAGGAGCAAGCUCACCGGAACGUGAAUCAAGUAAUACAGCUAUGACACCUACACCAGGUGAAGGUGCUUCCACCCCCUCCAAACGUGCUGCUGAAGAUGACGAUAAUGAAGUAGGAUCAGAGAGCAAGAAGCCUAGGGAAGAGAAUGCAUAA